AUUUUAUGAGCCUUAGUCUCAAUCAUCAAGAAAAUAAUUAUUCAAGUGAAAUUGUGAAUUAUUAGCUUGAUUAAUUAUUAAGUGAUUUUGAACACAUUUAAAAACUGACUAAAAUCAGGGGUUAAGAUUCCCCAUUUUCAAAGUGCUGCGUUUACUGCAAAAUUAAGCAUGAUUACGAUAGUGAGCAUAAUUUAGUAGUAACCUAAUACACAGACUCAAAAUUUAUCAACGAUUUAAUCUCUGAACAUGACACUCUCUAUGAAAUUUGCAAAUGGGCACAUGAUAGUAUUGGAAAAUAACCAAUCAGAGAUUCAAUGUCACAAUAAGAUAAAGCUUGGAAUCAUAUUUUAUCUAAGAAUUACAAUGAAGUGCAUCAAUAUUUAGACAAUGAAGAAUAAUGUAUUCUGAAUUCUUUGAGGCCUUUUGGGGAAGGAGAAAAAUUAUUUGACUUCAUGGAGUUCUCAAAAUACCAGAAUGAAAAUUGGGUCCUCACUCUUGAGUUACUCUACAAAGCCACAUUAAGAGCCCCCUAUGAUAAUAAUAAACUAUAUUUAUGGGCAACCUGCUAAAGUGUAGAAUGGUAAAGUGGCAUUUCUUAAUUUAAUGAAGACUUAUGGUUGAAUGUCAGAGCUGAAUUAUUUUAUAAAGUCAUGAGUAAGCAUAAUGAAAUCUAUCCCAAAAUGAUAAAAUGCAUCAAUUUCGGCAUCAAUAAGCCUUUCAUCUACCAGCCCAAAUUUUAUGAACUGAAUUGCGGUUACAUGAAUGACGAAAUAGAUAGAAUUGGUAAGAAAUUCAUCAUUGAAAUCAUAAAAUAUAUCACCUCAAAGAACAAUAUUGGCCAAUUCAUAUAACUUAUUAGGGACUCCCUUGUCACUCUGCAAACAAAAACUAAUGAUCUGAAGUAGGCAGCUCUGAGAUCCCUAUGCUACUUCAAAAUAGGCCUAAUGAUAUCAGAUUUAUUGGAUGUCGACUUAGACAAUGAAUUCAAUUUUCUGGAUUUGAUAAAGGAGAUCGUAGAAUUGAUUGAAUAAGAGUUCAUAGAUCGAAAUACAAAAUUGAAAUACUUGAUUCAACUCUUAAGUAUUUUGGAACGAUAGUAGGAGUAUAAAUAUUUUAUUUCUACAGUUUGCCAAAAUAUAAUUCAUUCCUAAGGAGACUCUCUGAGUUCUCUUCUUAAUUACCUGAUUGAUUUUAAGUUUGAUAGAGAUUUUAUCACAAAUUUGGCAUUUGAAUAAUUCCCUAAACUAAGUCCUCACCAGUAAAAUGAGUUGCUAUCAAAAGAAUUUUAGAAGUAUUUCUCAUCGGAUUCUCUAUAACGUUAGGUUUAUAGUUUACUUCCAUACAUAAUUGAAAAUAUUGAAAAUUUCAAGGAUAUCUUUAAAUUUCUGUUAACGGAAUAUAACAAUUUUCUAUUUAAGGAGAGUGUAUACUUUGAGGUGUAUAUCAAUGAAUAAAUUGAGGAGAUGUUGAAUUAUUUAAAGGACAUAAAAAUUCCCCCUUAUUGGUUUGCGAAAUAUAUUUAGUUCAUUUUAAAUAAUCCAAAUUUGAAGUAAUAAUAAAUGUAUUGAUUUAUCUUAUAUUCAUUAGAUUUGGAAUAAUGGAAGCGAUAAAAAAGAAUGAUCAAUUAUUCAUAAAUUUGUCCAUAAAAAGAGAGUUACUAGCCUAACUUGCAAAAAAGCUGACAUCGAUCAAAUCAUUUGUUAAUCAUUUGCUCUAAUGA